AUGGCAGUCAUAGGAAGCACUGGGACUGCUGUGUCCAUUUACCUGGCCCCCCGGUUCCUCAUUGUACUCUUCUUCUUCAUCUGUACAGCUGCAAAGAAGGAGCCGUGUGACACGUGUAGGAGGCUGGUGGACAGGUUCCACGAGGGUCUUGAAAAGACAUCAAAAAAGAAUUUUGGAGGAGGGAACACUGCUUGGGAAGAAAAAACUUUAUCAAAAUAUGAAGCUAGCGAGAUACGCCUGGUGGAGAUUAUAGAAAAUCUUUGUGAUAGCACUGAUUUUGAAUGCAAUCUUAUGGUUGAGGAACAUGAAGAACAGGUUGAAAAAUGGUGGUUCAAGAUGCGGAACAAGUAUCCUGAUUUAUUGAAGUGGUUUUGCAUUGAUACUAUAAAUGUUUGUUGUCCUUCUGGAACGUACGGACCUGACUGCUUAGGUUGCCUAGGUGGAUCUGAACGGCCAUGUCAUGGGAAUGGUUUUUGCAGUGGUGAUGGUACCAGAGGAGGAGACGGAACUUGCAGCUGCAAGGCAGAAUAUACAGGACCAUUUUGUCUUGAAUGUGCAGAUGGAUACUACAGCUCUGAAAGAAAUGACACUCAUUCUGUAUGCAGUGAUUGCCAUGAAGCAUGUAAAACAUGUCAUGGAGCAACAAAUAAAGACUGCAAAGAAUGUAAAGAUGGAUGGGUAGAGGAAGAUGGAAACUGUGUAGACCAGGAUGAAUGUGCCACAGAAAAAUCUCCUUGUAAAGAGAGUCAAUAUUGUUUAAACACAGAAGGAUCAUAUUUAUGUGAAAAGUGUGAUGAAAGCUGCUUCGGGUGUACAGGCGAGGGUCCAGAGAAGUGUACAGAGUGCUCAGCUGGAUAUGUGUUAGAAGAUAACAAAUGUACAGAUAUGAAUGAGUGUGAGACUGAUGAGAAAAUAUGUGUCAGAGAUAAUGAGGACUGUAUAAACAUCCCUGGAACCUAUAAAUGUGUCUGUGCUGAAGGCUUUGAAGAACAGGAUGGACAGUGUGUAGCCCUUACAAAGAAGAUGAAGAAACCGUUACUCAGCAAAACGUGACAUCUGAUGCAGCACAAGGAUCAAUAAAUAUACAUGAGGACCUCUGA